GCGCCUACGGCUUUCGAGUCCGUUGAUCCAAACCCAAUCCUCUCAUCUCAACCAGUCCUCGGCUAUAUUCUCCCAGCCUCACAAGUCAACCUCUUCAACUUACUGCGCUACCGACGAGUCCAUCUAUCGCUAGUUAUAGAACUCACCGAGUCUUGCUAUUUCAGGGCCAUCACUCGCUCUCCAGUGACGUACAGCACCUUCCAAUUCCGAACGUCGACUGCUGUGCCUCUCGCCAUUCAGCCCUCCUCCGCCUUCGCCUCCACCUCCACCUCCACCUCCAUCUAAUAGCGACUAAAUAUCGCGAUACCUUCAUUCGAUCUGUCAAUUGUAGAGCUCAUUGGAAAUAUACAAGAAUUAUUUAAACCGCCAUCAUGUUGUACGUCCAGUCUCUCCCCCUAUUGCGCACAAUUUCCUCAUGCGCCGGCGUUUGCGCAUCGGCUACUCUACGCCCGACACACACUGACACCAUGGAAUUCCAGUGUGCUACCUCCCCCGCCACGAUAUCCCACCAUGGGGCCUUAUGGCGCCGGUGGUAUACACCCUGUUCCCAUGAUAGAGACAAACAAUACAUUAUCGAAUCCGACGGGUCCCGAAUGGCAAUUCCUGGUUGGAGAAGGAACGUAUACACUUAAAGAAGACUUACAUCUUGCGACACCUCCGCCCCAUCCUUCCGAAGCCACCGUCCCGAACCCGAACCCGCUAUCGACUCUCCCGCAGCCUGCCAGCGCCGGUACCUCAGUCUCUCUCAUCGCGCUUGAGAGUCGUCCGGCUCCAAACUUUCUGUAUAGAGGACUCUCUUCGACGACCCUCGCCCUGAGUGGCGCGCCAUCUAGUAUUCAGGAGCAUCCCAACGAGGGCCGCUACUCUGCCGAAGGUGGCAAGACGAGUGAGGAGGGCCGUACCGGUUCGACAAGUGAUGCUCAGGCUACCUCCAUUACCAUUGGUUCUGCACCUGCUUUUGGCGAAGGCAAUGCUUUGCUUACCCAGGUGCCGACCAAGGAUGUGAACAAGAAGAGAAAGCCCAAGAACAACAUGACAAAGAGCAACUCUUCAUUCAUCUCUCGCGUUAUUGUUAACGAAAGCCUGUCUAAGAAACUUACGGAGCGAUCUAAUGAUGGCCUCUUUGCUUUUGCAAAUAUCAACCGCGCCUUUCAGUGGCUUGACAUGUCAUCAUCAUCAAAGCAAGACUAUUUGACCAAGAUUCUUUUCACGAAAGCGCAUUGUCUAUGUCACGAUGUUAAUGUUCAUACCAAGAGUGUCUCGCAUCUGGAUGUUAUAAUGGGCUUCUCAACUGGAGAGGUCAUCUGGUGGGAGCCGAUCUCGCAACGAUAUACACGACUGAACAAAAAUGGCGCAAUUAACGGAACACCAGUUGCGGCAAUUCGAUGGAUUCCAGGAUCAGAAAACCUAUUUCUAGCUGCCCAUAUGGAUGGGUCGCUGGUCGUAUAUGACAAGGAAAAAGAGGACGCUCAGUUCAACCCCGAAGAGGAAGCAGUUAAUGGAAAUGCGAAUGGGACGAGUGGUGAGUCGUUAGAUGCCAGCAAUGGCGGAGCUCAUCACAAUUCUAUUCGAAUCAACAAGUCAGUGCAUUCCAAAAAUCAAAAGGUCAACCCAGUUGCCGCCUGGAAGUUAUCCAACCAUCGAAUCAACGCCUUCUCAUUCUCGCCUGAUAACCGACACUUGGCUGUUGUGUCCGAGGACGGCACGCUAAGAAUUAUUGACUAUUUGAAGGAAGAGCUACUCGACGUGUUCUAUUCCUAUUAUGGAGGACUAACAUGCGUUUGUUGGUCCCCAGAUGGCCAAUACGUAUUGACUGGUGGACAAGACGACUUGAUAUCAGUAUGGUCACUGUCGGACUCGGCUCUGGUAGCUAGAUGCCAGGGACACCAGUCUUGGGUAUCAGCCGUUGCCUUUGACCCUUGGAGAUGUGAUGAGCGAAACUAUCGUUUCGGUAGCGUGGGAGAAGACGGGCGCCUUUGUCUGUGGGACUUCAGUGUCGGCAUGCUUCACCGACCCAAAGCGCAAUCUGUACGACACCGUGGAUCUGUCUCAUCGCGCUAUACGGCUUUGCAGCGGGCUGAGACGGCCACCACGUCCAACUCAAGGUUGCGAUCAAACUCGAACCUAGAUACCGAAGACGAGGAAAUGGCUAUCGCACACCCUGUGGAGCCGCGGGCCAGAAUUCCUAUGCUCCCUCCCGUACUUGUAAGUUUCAAUGCGAGGGCUGAUGUGUGAUAGCUUCAGGUUGCAAGGUGUCGUAAAACUAACGGUGAGACAAACAGAACAAAUCAAUUGAUACCCACCCAGUGUGUUGGCUGGAUUUCACAGAGGACGCUAUCAUGACGAGCUGCAAGUCAGGACACAUGAGAACGUGGCUGCGACCUGGAUCGGAGCUUACGGCACAGACCAAGGGAGCAGAAGCCCCGGGAGCAACAUCAUGAUGAACGGAUCCAUGCUGAGCGAUAAAAGCCUUGAUGGGCUUCGUAACAAGGGCGCUGGCGAAUAGAGUUUCAUGAUGGGUUUGUUGUCCUCCUUGUUUUGUGAUACGCCUGUAUAGCGAGAUCCAAUAACUGCUAUACGCAAGGGGGAGUGGUUGUUGUCAUUUGAGUCAUUGGUUGAUUCCAGGGUUUGAUAGUUUGAAUCUGAUGUAGGUAUACGGAUACUGAGACCGGAAAUCCACCUCGGAUCUUGUUUUUUGACUGCAGGUUUUUAGCACAGGAUCCAAGGUCAACAAAUUAUUAUGUGCCCUUGGCAGCUAAGGAACUUGCUUGGGCACCGGCCGGGAUAGGUAGUCAAAGAGUCAUAUAGCUGUUGGGAAACCGUUUUGGGCUGUCUUGCAGGAGUAAUGAGUCGGUCCUAUCAAUCAGACGUCUCCGUCAAGCCCACAUGGUGAUGGAGGCUCUUCGGUGAUACAACGAGUUGCCGUGUUUGAGGUCCACAAUGGCUGCAGGACCCUGAUUUUAGAUAUUCGAUUUUUUUUUAUCCCUCCGAGAGAUACCAGUGGAUCUCCAGAGACUAGACUAGCGCACGUAACGAUUACAUACAUCCAAUUGCUGCACGUUUCUAGAUAAGCAGGAGGCUGAGAUAUCUCUCUCUCGUGUUGUGAGAGUUGUCAGAUUUGCGAGAAUGACGAGAGAUUGCAUUGUGCUGAAGCAACCGAGUGUCUGCUCUAUACGAGACGACGUUGAGAGACGCGCAUGAAGUUGCGCAACCAUGACAAUGCGAAAUACUGCCAUCUCAUGUUAUCAGAUCUUGAUUUCUUGAUCUCAGUCGACGAUCUUCAACAAUUUCCAACCUGAGCCACAAAUCGAUUAUUUGUACACAUUGUGCACGCACACUAAUGCGAGCUUAUUGCACGCCCGUUGCUCAUCUACCGAGUCGACGGCGUUUGUGCAUCAAAGCAAGGACCAGGUCUUGUGAAAGCGUAACUUGAACCUCAAACGCAGAGGGUUGAAUCGCUCACUAGCAAUAGCUGGUUAUCGCGUCUCGACGUGGCUGGCUGGACUAGGGACAGGCAUGGAAAAUCAUCCUUGCAAAUCAGGACAAGGGAGGGGAGCUACUCAGCCCACUAACACGGCCGUUGCCGAACCAAACCUGAUGGACAAGGGCCAGCCAGGACAGACCAUCAUGCGGUGGCUGGCUCGCCUGAUGGCGUGUGGUAAACAUUGGACACCAGCAACAGAGCAGAGAGGUGUAGAUAUCAGCCGAUGAUAUCUGUAUAUCGUAAGGAUCAGGAAGUCACAGUACUCCAAGAGGCUUCAGUUAUUGCCGGAACAUGUAUCAUGAACUUCUUGCGCUGUCAUGAGCUUCUCAUGAGAAGUCAUGAUGAGAUUUGCUGAAUGUUACUUUGGCUACCUUAUUGAUUUUUUGAACUUGCAGUGACUCAUUGAACAGUGAGAAAUCAUUACUUGGGUACUUAGGUUAGUAGGUUGAUUGGCUCGGGAAACAAUUGUACAUCUGUGCCGUGUCUGAUGUGUGUUUGGCGUCUAUCGGUCUUGAAUUUCCGGACCCUGUCUGCAACAAAUCAACCAACCAAGAGCUGAGCUGGAAAACUUUUACGCCUGGCGCGGUGAUCACAGAGCUUGCCUACUUUACAAGGCUGAUUGCU